AUGAUAAAUAUUGCACGAAUUGUAACAAGAUUUUAUGUUAAUGAUUCUGUUAAACAUAUUAAUCUAAGACGUUCUAGUCGUUUUUUAUCUACCGUUAAGUAUUCAAAUCAAAACAAUGACGAGAGAUUUCGGGGCAAACGCUAUUUUGGUGGUGUUUUGGCUGUGGCUGCUGGGGUAUUGGGUUACGUGACUCUAAAAGAGAAAAUUAGUGCAGCAACUCUAAGUUUGACCGGUAGGAGGGAGACAUAUAACUUCAUAGCUGAUGUCGUUGCUGUAUCAGCACCUUCUGUGGUGUAUAUAGAGAUUCAGGAUGGUAGACGCUUAGACCUAUUUUCUGGUAGACCUAUUACAAUAUCAAAUGGCUCCGGCUUUAUUGUGAAUGAAGAUGGUUUGAUCCUAACAAACGCCCACGUCGUUGUUAAUAAACCCAAUGCUGUUGUAAAUGUUAGGCUUAUGGAUGGUUCAACUCACAUAGGUUUUGUAGAAGAUUUUGAUAUAAAAUCAGACCUUGCCACUCUUAGGAUACCAGUGAAAAACCUCCCUGUUAUGAAGUUAGGCUCGUCAGCAGACUUGCGACCUGGCGAGUGGGUUGUGGCGAUGGGUAGCCCUCUUGCACUAAGUAAUACAGUUACUGCGGGAGUUGUAAGUUCUACUCAAAGGGCCAGUAAAGAACUUGGAAUACAAGGUAAAGAUAUGGUGUACAUACAAACGGAUGCCCCAAUUACAUUUGGAAACAGUGGUGGGCCCCUUGUAAACUUGGAUGGAGAAGCAAUUGGCAUAAACAGCAUGAAAGUCACAUCUGGGAUAUCUUUUGCCAUACCUAUUGACUAUGUGAAGGAAUUUCUAGCUAAAAGGAAAACAAAAUCUCCACAGGUGUCUCGACGGUACCUUGGCAUAACAAUGCUGUCACUAACUCCGAAUAUUCUUAUGGAAUUACGUAUGAGGAAUCCAGAAAUGCCCACUGAUAUAGAAAAUGGUAUACUUGUGUGGAAAGUGAUUAUCGGCUCACCUGCUUACAAUGGCGGUUUGCAGCCAGGUGACAUAGUGACCCACAUUAAUGGUACACCAGUAACAAGCGCUACCGAUUUGUACUCGGUUUUAGAAAACUCUACUGGUAAGCUAACGAUGCAGGUAGUUCGGGGAAGGCUAAGAACAACUAUAAUCAUCGCACCAGAGAUACAUUAA